CGGGUUGCUAGGGCGUGUGUCACAGGCAGCAGCUUCCCCCGGUCAAUGCCGGGGGGGGGGAUGGUGAGGGGAGCGCACUCACACACGCCAAACUACUCCCAAGAUGUCUGACAUGGAGGAUGACUUUAUGUGCGAUGAUGAGGAGGACUACGACUUGGAAUAUUCUGAAGACAGCAACUCUGAGCCAAAUGUGGAUUUGGAAAAUCAGUACUACAAUUCCAAAGCGUUGAAGGAGGAUGAUCCUAAAGCAGCGCUUAGUAGCUUCCAGAAGGUAUUGGAACUGGAAGGUGAAAAGGGAGAAUGGGGAUUUAAAGCACUCAAACAGAUGAUUAAAAUCAACUUUAAGCUGGGUAACUAUCCAGAAAUGAUGAACAGAUAUAAGCAGCUGUUAACAUACAUCAGGAGUGCAGUUACAAGAAAUUAUUCGGAGAAAUCAAUCAACUCCAUCCUUGAUUAUAUAUCCACUUCUAAACAGCAGCAGAAGUCGAUGAAGAGGCAGGGUAGCAGCGGGGGAAUCGCAGAAACGGACCUGAAAGCUUGCUUUGGCGGGGAAGCUGAAUCAAAGAUGGACUUAUUGCAAGAAUUUUAUGAAACUACCCUUGAAGCUUUAAAAGAUGCAAAAAAUGACCGAUUAUGGUUUAAGACAAACACAAAGCUUGGCAAGCUAUAUUUGGAAAGAGAAGAGUUUGGGAAAUUACAGAAAAUAUUACGCCAACUCCACCAGUCAUGCCAGACUGAUGAUGGUGAGGACGAUUUGAAGAAAGGGACACAACUUUUAGAAAUUUAUGCUCUGGAGAUCCAAAUGUAUACCGCACAAAAGAAUAAUAAGAAAUUAAAAGCACUAUAUGAGCAGUCCUUGCACAUUAAAUCUGCUAUUCCUCAUCCACUUAUCAUGGGUGUCAUUAGAGAAUGUGGAGGUAAAAUGCACUUAAGAGAAGGAGAGUUUGAAAAGGCCCACACCGACUUCUUUGAAGCAUUCAAGAAUUAUGAUGAAUCGGGAAGCCCUAGACGUACCACUUGCCUGAAAUACUUGGUAUUGGCUAACAUGCUGAUGAAGUCAGGAAUUAAUCCCUUUGAUUCUCAGGAGGCCAAACCCUACAAAAAUGACCCAGAGAUACUUGCAAUGACAAAUUUAGUAAGUGCCUAUCAAAAUAAUGACAUCACUGAAUUUGAGAAGAUUCUGAAAACCAAUCACAGUAACAUCAUGGAUGAUCCCUUUAUAAGAGAGCACAUAGAAGAACUAUUGAGGAACAUCAGAACCCAAGUCUUGAUAAAAUUAAUAAAGCCUUACACUAGAAUACAUAUACCAUUUAUUUCAAAGGAGUUGAACAUAGACGUAGGAGAUGUAGAGAGCUUGUUGGUGCAGUGCAUACUGGACAACACUAUUCAUGGGCGGAUUGACCAGGUCAACCAACUUCUUGAAUUAGAUCAUCAGAAGAGAGGAGGCGCCCGAUAUACUGCAUUAGAUAAAUGGACCAAUCAGCUUAAUACACUCAACCAAGCAGUUGUCAGCAAACUGGCUUGAUGCAAGUUAAGCUUCUACAUUAAUGCGAUAUGGAAAAGAUGCAGUGAUGUAAACCUUUAAAAACUGAGAAUGGCUGAACUGCUGCUGUUGGUUGGCCCUGAAAACCACCAGAGCAUAGGCAGAAGUGCUUUUUGAUCAACUGGUUUGUGUUUUGUUGCUGCAUUUGUCCCAAGACCACAGCUUUAAUGUGAAGAAAGCCAAACUGCUGCAGGAUUUAUGAUGUCUCGACAUUGUGCCCUCCAUCGUAAGGGAAUUGACGAUCACAGAGCUGUUUGUGUCAUAAUUUCAAAAACAGACUCUUCACUUUGACAUCUAAGUAUUUUAUCAGUUUAAACAAAAAAAAAAAACUCACUGAAAUGUUAAAACAAAACUUGCAAUAAUUUGAUAUGCGUACUAGUUUUUGAAGAUGCAUUCUUUCAUGUACGAUUUGGCAUGUUUGCGUCUUUCUGCAAAGUGUCAUGUCAACUUUUAAGUUAUGUGGCCCAUGAGUUUUCUGUACCUGCAGUGUAGUAAAAAAAAUAGACAGGAACCUCCUUCUGUGGCAUACUGUCACGUCAGGUUUAAAGCAGCAAAAUAAAAUACAGCUCAGAAAUGGGAAAUGCUGUAAUUUUGGAGUGCUUCCAUUUGUUUUUUUUUCUCUCAACAAUUCAUAUGAAAACCAUGUGCAUAUUCCAUCUCUUUGGCCCCGGUAGAUCUGCAUAUAUUGUGAACUCGAGCAUUCAUUCAGACAAGACAGAGAGGUUUGUCAAGAGAACAAUAACUUAAGUUUACAAUUUUGGUCUCGUUUCGAAGUAGUCUGUUAACUAACUCGAGUACAUAUAAUUGAAAGCACAUCAUUUAGUAGUUUACCUUCUGACAUAUACAAGACUUGGUGGUUUUGUGUGCCAUAGUUCGUUCAACCUGUGCAAAGCUUUAAUUGGCUGAGGCUGUUUGACUGCAAUUAUUCUUGAGGGUGCUGCCUGUGUGAUUAGUCAAAAUACAGCACUUUAAUUUUGGAUAUUAAGAAUGGCUUUGUUUUUAAUGUCUUAUACCGUUAAAUCAGAAAAAUAAACAAAUUAUCUCAA